AUGACGCCUCGGGUGCUCCUCUCCCGCCUGCGCCUCGCCCCUCUCCUCCACGACGGCCACCACCUGCGAUGCCCUCUCUCCGCCGCCGCUGCCAAACUACCUGAUGAGUUGCCUCCUGGCGCGCCGCCUCCGACCUCCGACUCCAGGCUCUUCGUCGCCGGGUUGUCGUGGUCCGUGGACGAGCGCUCCCUCACGGACGCCUUCUCCUCCUUCGGCACCGUCACCGAAGAUGGUGCACGGGGUAGGUGUUCGGCCAAAUGCCGUGGAGACCGUGAGCCACUCCAUCGUGCCCAGGCCCGCAGCCUGUUCGACGAAAUUCCUGUUAGGGACGUGGUCACCUGCUCAGCAGCAAUCUACCGGCAUGCGAGGAGCGGGUUGUUUCAUGAGUCAGCUGGGCUGUUUGUCGGCAUGAUGAGGGCAGGUGUGUGCCCAAACUCGUUCACCUUGGUCGGUGUGUUGCUUGCGGCAGCUGGUCUGGGUGAUGUUGUGCUUGCCGAGUGCAUUCAUGGGUGGGCUGUAAAGAGUCAGUUGGAAUCCAAUCAUUUUGUUGCAACCGCACUGGUGGAUGCAUAUGCAAAAUGUGGGCGCCCCAUGAACGCAUUGGCGUUUUUCAGCGGUUUGAGGGAUCCUAAUGUAGUUUCCUGGAACGCGAUGAUCUCCGGGUUAGUGCACAAUGUUUUGUUUGAGGAAGCAGUAUUGGCGUUCAAGAGGUUGUGUUGUUGUUUUGGGUCAGUUCCUAAUAAUGUUGUGACCGUGAUUAAUGUCGCUCAAGCGUAUGCUGGUUGUGGUGACCUUGGAAUGUGCAAGAGUGUACAUGCUUAUGCAGUUAAGAUCGGCUUUGAUUUGGAUGUCUCGGUGACAAACUCAAUACUUGGCAUGUACUUGGGUUUUGGGGACAUUGAGAUUGGAAGAGAGAUUUUCAGGAAAAUUAUUGUUCGGAAUGUGGUUACUUGGACAAUGAUGAUGGGUUUCCUUCUUGAGCAGGCGCAUGCUAGUGAAGUUAUAAAUAUCUUUGUUCAGAUGAGGUCAAAUGGCAUAGUUCCUGACAGGGUAGCAAUGGUCAGUUUGGUGCAAGCUUGUGCACUUCUGGGUGAUGCAAGGAGAGGAAAAAUGGUUCAUAACCAAAUGAUCACCCGUGGGUUUAGUAGUGAGCUUCCUGCAGUUAAUUCAUUAAUCACUAUGUAUUCCAAAUGCAAGGAUUUAAGUUCCGCUAGAGUGUUGUUUGAUGGAAUGAGGAACAAAAGCUUAGUUUCAUGGACUGCAAUGGUUUCAGGGUAUAUAGGAAGUGGAAGAGCCCUAGAGGGGAUGCAUCUAUUUGGUAAGAUGAGGCGUGAAGAUAUUUUUGUGAUUGAUUCUGUGACAUUAGUCAGCUUAUUGACUGGAUGCUAUGAGACUGCUAAGUUUGAUCUGUGUGUUCAACUUCAUGGGUAUAGCUACAAGUCAGGUUUGUAUCUGUAUAGACCUGUCCCUAAUACCCUCAUGGCAGUUUAUGGUAAGUGUGGAUAUGCCAGUUUAGCUCAUAAAGUAUUUGAUGACAUGAUUUCUCGAGAUGUUGUCUCGUGGAAUACCCUGAUAUUAUCCUAUGGUAUAAAUGGCCAAGGAGAGCAAGCAGUAGCACUUUUUAAUGACAUGGAUGAAUCUAGUGAAGAGCGAGACAGUGUAACAUACUUGAACACAAUGCUGGCAUGCAGCCAUUCUGGACAAGUUGAUGAUGGGUUGAUCAUAUUCAGGAGAAUGAUUAAUGAGAAACGCGUAAAUCCAUGCCAGGAGCACAUUGGAUGCCUAGUAGAUAUGUUGGCAAGAGCUGGUCGCUUGGAUGAAGCAGCAGAAGUGGCUAGCUUGACUAGCAAUGAGGGAGCAAAUCCUUGGAAGGCUUUGAUGGGAGGAGGUCACCUGCAUAGUCACACAGAAUUAACUGAAGUUGCUGCUGAGAAGGUGCUGAACGCGGACUCAUUUGAUAAUGUUAGAAUAAUGUAUGACAAAAACUCUGGAAGAUCAAGAGGCUUUGGAUUUGUUAAUUUCUCAAAUGAUCAUGAAGCUAAGUGUGCCAAGGAUGCUAUGGAUGGGAAAGUAAUGCUAGGGCGGCCAUUGCGAAUAAGUUUUGCUCUUGGAAAAGUCCGUGGCGCAUCAGUUAUUGUUCCUCGACUUUCUACGAAGUGUAAUUCCACCUUCCAGCCAAGUGAAUUUUCUAGCAAGAGAACCCUCAUCGUUUAUAUCACCAUCUCGCAUAAUUGCACCUUUGUUCAGAAACCUGAGAUGAAUGGAAAUUGUGAUACACCAGAUAAUCCUAGCAUAUUCACAGCUUUUCUUUUCACUUCAUUCAAGCAUGUAUGA